AUGCCAGGCGAGGAAGCGGGAAGCUCAUCUUCGGGCGGGCAAGGCAGUGAUGACCGAAGCAGCGGCAUCUGGAAUUUGCUCCCGAGUUUUGACCCUUCUGCAGAUGAUCCUCGAGAGUAUCGAGAUAAGGUGAAGUUUCUGCAUCAGAUUUGUCCAAUCAAGGACAAGGGAAUGUUGGCACCGCGAUUGGCAAUGUUGUGUAAAGGCACUGCAUGGGCGCAGGUGAAAACAUUGGAUGCGGCCAAGCUCACUGAUCCCGAUAAGGGUGUCGACGAGUUGCUUCAAGCACUGGCUUCGUGGGACGAGGCCGCGGAGCUCCAGACUUACGACAAGUGCGAGAAGGCUCUCUAUCGAAUUCAUCAAAAGAACGAUGAGACGACCAUGUCUUAUGUGAACAGGUUGGCUGUAGCAUUCCAUGAGAUGGGUGAAGCUCUUACAGUUAAGGAGCUGAAGGCCUUCAUCUUGCUCCGGCAGAGCGCCUUGACCUCGGAGGACAAGCGAAAGGUCAUCACGCUUAGCGGUGGCACUUUGGAUGCUGCGAGGAUUGAACAAGCCAUGAGGACCCUCUCCACGAAGGUUCUGACGACUGGCAAUGAAGUCAAGAAGCGGAUCUAUCCGGCCAACUUUGUUGACACCGAGGACUUCGAGGAAGUCAACGUGACCGAAGAGGACUACGAUGAGGACCAGAUGGUGGCUCAUCUGGCAGAGACCGGAGACGAAGACGCCAUCUUCGUCUUGGACUAUGAGGAACAGAUCGCCUUGAAGUCGGUGAUGCCCAACAACUCCGCCUUGACCGCUGCCGACGCCAAGCACCAGAAGAAUCAUGGCCACAAGAAGGGACUGUCAUUGGAAAAGUCCAGUACAAGCGCUUUCUGGAUCAGCUUCCUACUCAGAAUGGCCGAUCAGAUGAACUUCCUCGACCUUCCCCUCAACAUGACCGAGGACGACGACCUGAACACCGGCUAUGUGACUCCUCUUCAGACCACUCGGCCCACAGGAGUGACAAGUCUUCGGCAAUGGGGAACCUUCCAGCUCGACGAGGGCAAGUUCAAGGGUCACUUGUUCAUGGAA